AUGGAGACAGAUCUUCCUGCCUUAUCCCGUAACCUCACGGGUACUUCAGCUGGAGACAAGUUCCUCGACUGUGAGGGUCACGGAGGACUAAACCCCAACCGCAUGCCCUACAUUCGCCUGAUUCCAAAAGUAACAGCUGUAGCUGGGGAGCAGCUGAAGCUGAAGUGUCCUGUAGCUGGGUAUCCAAUCGAGGAAAUUCACUGGGAAAGAAGUGGGAGUGAGCUACCCAACGGUCUAAGACAGAAGGUGUUGCCUGAUGGUACACUAAUCAUCGAGCCUGUCCAGAAAAAGGAAGAUUCUGGUGUGUACACUUGCUGGGCGAGGAAUAAACAGGGACAUAGUGCGAGAAGAAGUGGAGAAGUGAAUGUGAUAGUAACUGGUGACGGUGAAGACGGUGGUGAAAUCCUACUGGGUGGCCUCGCUAAAUUCACUAGAUAUCACAUAGUGAUACAGGCCUACAAUGAAGUGGGGGCGGGUCCUCUAAGUGACCCAGUCACAGCUCAAACUAUGGAGGACGGCUAUAAACUGACGUAUGAGCCAGUCCCUGAUGACAGGUGGCGAGGAAACGACGAAAUGGAGACUCGAAAAACGACAGCAUUGACAACUGUCAUCACCGGCUUGAGGAAAUUCACCAAUUACAGUUUGCAGGUGUUGGCUUUCACCAAAGUGGGUGAUGGGGUUUUGACAGUUCCGCAUUACUGUCAAACAGAGGAAGAUGAAGUUCUCAUACGAAUGUUCCUGGACGUCUGUAUUGACGUCCUCAUGGACAUCGUCGUAAUUCAAGACAAUGUACUCUAUGGUAUUAAGUUCAGGAUCUCUACUGAUAUUAAGGUGGUGGUGGCAACGCCGCAGUCUUUGAAAGUGUCCUGGCUGGCACCUUUAGAACCCAACGGGAUCGUAACCAAGUACAAUUUAUACAGGAGAGCUCCUGAUGGUCGACAGGAGGCUGAAAAUGGUAGGCAGAUCAUUUCCAGUCAUAAUACAGUGUUUGAAGUGAAGAACGUGCAACAGCAUUUGGAGUACCAAUUCUGGGUGACGGCAUCAACUAGAAUAGGGGAGGGUCAAAGUUCUAAAGUUGUGACGCAGGUGAUUACGUCAAGAAUACCAGCAAGAAUAAUAUCAUUUGGAGGCCUGGUAGUACGACCGUGGAGAACCACCGUUUCUUUUAGUUGCGAAUCUGUGGGCAGUCCUAGAAGAGAAUGGCUACGGAGUGACCAAAUUUUGAAGGGUGGAGCAAACCAUAAUCAGCAACUUCUCGAUACAGGAGAGCUGAUUCUAUCUAGCCUACAGAUUACUGACGCAGGAAAUUAUACUUGUAAAGUUGACAACGGGCAUGGAACUGAUAGGAUUACAUAUAAUUUGGUGGUUCAAGUACCACCAAGUGCUCCUUUACUCUAUGUUACCUCGGCGACCAGUUCGAGUAUUUUACUCCAUUGGAAGCCGGGAAAUAAUGGAGGAGCUGCCAUCAGUGGGUUUCAUCUGAAUUAUAGGAAAGAACAUGGAGAUUUGGACGAAGUUCAUUUAUCUCGACAUGCCACCAGCUUUGAAUUGAAGGGUCUCUCUUGUGGUUCCACGUACCACCUCUAUUUGACAGCUCACAAUAAAAUAGGACCCAGUCCUCCCAGUCAUCCGUUACAGGCCAGGACUCAAGGUCAUCCUCCUGGAGUACCGCCGGCACUGUCUUUUAUCAGUCCAAAUUCAACCAGUGUAACGCUGCGUUUACAUGUAUGGCCAGAUAAUGGCUGUCCUAUUUUGUAUUUUGUGUUACAAUACAGGAAAGCGACUGAUAGCCAGUGGACUUUAGUCUCCAAUGCCCUCAAACCUCAAAGAAGGACAUCGAUCACCGGUCUGACCACAGCUACGAAAUACGUCGUGAAGCUGGAGGCGCACAACGUAGCUGGUUUCAGCACCGAAGAAUUCAGCUUCAUGACGCUGACGAAAGAUGGCGACGUACCGCCUCCCGACCUGAUAAGGCAGGGAAACGACGAUAAGCCUUUUUACUCCGACUGGAAGGUACUGAUUCCUUUUAUCAUUGUCGUGGGACUGGCCAAGGUACUUCUUAUCGGGAUCGCUGUGUGUAUUAGAAGACGACGGAAAGAGAACGCAAGAGAGCAUCUGGACAAUCAGCAGAACGCUGAGGCACAACGAGAAAGAUAUUAUGCCACCAUUCACAAGGUGGCACUGCAAGCUGGUGAAAAAAUACCAGAAACCUCCGAAGACAUAUCACCCUAUGCAACGUUUCAAUUAUCCGAACCGAGCACCCUUCCUCAGAACACCAUGCUGCACAGUUUUAUGUACCACGAACACCCUGUAACUGAAGGAUGUGCCUCCCCACCGCCUUCCAGCUCUGUACAACGAAACUCACCUUACUAUAAUAUCAAACAGACUAAAAAACGCACGGAAUCACCAUAUUACAACAUACAAAAAUUUCAAAGUACAAAGGGCCACGGCCGCAGAAGGGCCAACAGGAAGGACAUCGACAGUGACGAAAGUGAAUCUGACCAAGAGGCGCUCACUUCCAGUCGUACCGAGUCAUCAAAUCAACUGGACAUGAAACAUAAAGCACCAGCCUUCACCUACCAUGGCACGGCCCAGUCCAGCACGUCUUCCGACUUGUCGCCCAUGUCUGAGCAAAAGUCACUGCCAAGGCGCAACAGGAACAGUUUGUAUAGGUUCGGCGCCCAGGGUCGCUCAGGCUCCCAAAGGCACAUCCUGAGCCACCUCUCUGUGGCGGAAACGGUCUUCAGCGAAUCGGCCACCACCACACCCCCCGGCCAAGGCGGUGGCCAAAUCGAGCUGAGCGAGGCCGAGUGCGACAUCGACACGCUCAAGAAGCUCAAGCUGGGCCUGCGCAGCUCGCUGUGGGCCAGGCCGCAGGCCGGUGGCCAACAGGGAGGCGGCGGUGGCCAGCAGCCUCCGUCGGACUACUCCAUUGCGGUCUAAGAGGGGUGAGUGACGGGAAAAUAACGGGUGAAGGUGGAGGGGGUAGUGACAGAUAGGGUUUUUUGGGGUGAAAUUUCGGAAUAUUCGUGUUAAAUUAAGAGACUUUACUGCCAAAAUUAUAUAAUAUAUAUAUUAGAGGUUAAAAGAAGAGACUUCUUGGAGAUUGGCACUGAACCUUUGGAUUUUUUUUAAUAUUUUAAUCAUUGAAUAAAAAGACAAAGAUUGGAUGCACAGAAAAGAGCAAAAUUGUUUUAUUCAAAAAGGUUUUUUAUAAAAACAUUACACAUUUUUAUCAUUUCUUAGUCUUUUUAUUCAAUGGUUUUGAUUGUUCCCUUUGUUUCUUCUAUUCAUUUUUUUUAUAAUACGGUGUAUUUAGUAAUUCCUGUUUUUUUAGCAGUAAAGUAGCACUGGUAUAAAGAUAUUCUCUAUUCUUUGCUACUUCUAUGAAUCAAUUUUCAAUCUUUCUAUACUUUUUAUAAUAACAUACGUGUAUCUAAAUCUUACUGUUUUUUUGUCAGUAAUAUUACUAGUGUAGAGAUAUUUUUUAUUCUUUGUUUCCAGUAACAAAGAACCAACUUACUUUUUGUUCUGGUCUCCAUCGCAUAUUCUUAUGCUGGAAGUACCUACACACUCGCCGAGGAGGGACAAAAAGGACGGUUCUAACCAAUAAUAAUGUACAUAUCGUAACUUGACAUUAGCCGCCAUAUUGCGCAUCAUCGUCUGGUACUCAGCAGUUUUCAGCUUGUUUGUUUACAAAUAAUUUUACAUUGUUUUACGAAGGUUUUCCGUGUAUUAAUCUCAUUUUAGUGGAUUAAAGACAGUUUUAGUGGAUAUAUUAUAUUUUUAAAGUUUUAGUGUAACUAACGUAUUAACGUAAGAUUGAUGAACUAGAUAGUUUUUUAAAAUCAUUUAUCAAAUUUUCCUUAGAAAUGGAGAUCAUUCUUACCUGUAACAGUUUCGACUGGUUCGCGAUAUUUUAACGUGGUAAAAAGCUAAAACUAUUUUUUUUUCGAAUAAAAAUAUUGCUUGGAAAUGUUAAAUGUCGGCAAAAUUAGAUAAAAAUAAAUAAAGACUUUAUAGAAAAACAAUCUAACUUGUGGAAUUGUUAUUAAUAUUAAACAUUUUGUUAAUAGUUAUUUUAAAUAUCACGCUAGCUGACGUCAUCGCGCCAACUACUGUGAUUGGUCCAAAGUUUCGAGGCAACCUGUUUAAUAUAAUUACCUUGUGUACUUCCAGCAUUAUAAUGUCUUAAACAGUCAGUUUUUAAAGGACGUCUAAGAGAUUGACCUCUCCAAAAUUAUCAUCGAUUGUCAUUUUCCAGCUAUCUUUGACACAGUUUUUUUUAUCAUACGGUAUUACUAGUGUGAUAUUUCUUUUUUUUAUAUACUGUGUGACAUAGAAAUCGCAACACCCAGUAAAUGCAAAUAUAUUUUCUUUUCAUUAAUAUUUUAGGAAGUAGGUAGUUGGGAUAAAUAUGAAAAAAUAAUCGUAGACAUUUAUUUCAAACAAAUGUAUUUAAAAGAAUUUUGGAUUUUGCAAUUUUUAUUUGACACAGCAUAUACAGGGUGUCCCAGAAACAAGUGCAAGUAUUUUAAGGAGUGGUAGAUCUCG